AUGCUUCGGCAUGAAUGGGCCGGCUAGUCCGGAGUGAUACCACAGCCUCACAGCAUACCGAAGCAACGCUUGCGUUGUGUUUCGUCGGGUAAGUGAGCUUACCAAAACUAAUUUUUUUGUUUUUAUGUACGUAAUAAUAAAUAACUUCACUGAAUGUUGUCCCACACUAGGAUUUUAUCCUGUGUCGUGGGUGCGUUUACAAACAUACAAGUUCACAUACACAUGACACCUAGACCCGGAACAACAAUCAGUGGAUCACACAAAGAGUUGUUCCAUGCGGGAAUCGAACCCGCGACACAUUGCGCAGCAGCCUGUUGCCCAACCACCGCGCCAACCGUGCAGUCAAGUCUUCCCUAAUCUCCCCCAUUCCUGAAUCCCCCACGAUCCUCAAACUCCUAA